AUGAAUGCACAUUUCUGGGACAAAAGACCCGAUUGUAAAGACAUUUUAGACAAAAUUAACAAGUCACAAAUAGGGACUGGUGGUUUUGGGACGGUGCAUAAAGUUAGAAAUAAAAGAGACCACAAUAUAUACGCUAUUAAAAUUCAAAAACUUAAUGAUUUAACUGAAUACCAAAAGUCUAAUGCAACUAAAGAGGGAAAUAAUUUAUUAAGAGUUCAGUCGGAAUAUGUUGUCCAAUAUUACGACUCAUGGCGUGAAGGGGACUGUAUUUAUAUUCGAAUGGAGUUAUGUUCACAAAGUCUUCGAGAUAUUUUAGAAAUAAAACCAAAAGUAUUUGAUCGACAAAUAGGACAUCCCAUGGAUUGCGUCGAGUAUUUCAUUUCGUGUGAAAUAUUUCGACAGAUUUUAGAAAGUGUUCAGUAUUUGCAUGAAUUUAAUCCACAGAUCAUUCAUAGAGACCUCAAACCCGAAAAUAUAUUGAUCAAGAGUUCUGUAAGGAACGGUAGAUUUUUUAAGUUAUGUGACUUUGGUUUAGCUACAAUUCAUGAGAAACGUAUUAACUACAAGACUACACACAAACAUACAGCAGAUAUAGGUGACUUAAGAUAUCAAGCACCGGAAGUAGGACAGGGUAAAAAAUAUGGUCAUAAAACUGAUAUUUAUAGUUUGGCCCUAAUUGGUGACGAGCUAUUUAAUUUUGGUUUGGAUGAAAUUGAUUUAAAUGAGACAACUGAAUAUUCAUCCGAGUUUCCGGUGUUAAACGCAAAGGUAGUUCAGUUGCAAACUAUAUUGGAGUCAAUGUAUACACAAAAGUGGCGGAAAAGACCUGAAUGUAGGGAAGUAUUGACUAAAUAUAAAGAGUGGGCUAUCGAUAAAGAUGACAAUUUGAAUGAGGAUUUGAAUGAAUUGAAUGUCAAUGAGAAUAAGUUUAUUAAUAAAGAGUUAGUCAAAGAGAAUAUAAUAAUUGGCGAGAAAGCAGUCAACGAAAGCCCUGUCAAUGAAAAGCCCAAUACUAGAGCCAAACGUGGACUCAAUGAUAAUUGUCGACAAAAUCUAAGUCAACGAUCAAAAGAACGUAAAGUUCCGGCCAAUAGAGUGAGUCGAUUCGCAUCUUUCGGGAGUUUAGCCGUUGGUCUCGGAUUUGGAGCACUCGAAGAGAUCACGAAAAAGACUUUAGGAAUCUCUUCGCGCUCUUCGCAAAGCAUUUUGGGAUCAAAUUCAUUGCUGAGGGAAGCGAAUGCCAGUACGAGUACUGAGUUUUGA